UUGAUUGACGUGGUGGUUCUUCUUCCUGGGAAACAGGGUUUUGCUAUAUUGGCGGGGGCGAUCAUGAUGCGAUUCAAGAGCGGAAGCAAAGUGGAGGUGCUGGAGAAACGAGAUUCGCCUUCAGGCUGGUGGCGUUGUGCCGAGAUUGUGUGUGGGAAUGGGCACAACUACUCUGUGAGGUAUGAUGGGGAUGCUGAAUUGAAGAGGGUAUCGAGAAAUGCUAUCAGGCCAUGCCCACCUGCAUUUGAAGUUUCCGAUGCUUGGGUUCCGGGCGAUGUAGUGGAGGUGUUUGAUGACUGCUCCUGGAAAAUCGCCACGAUCACAAAGGCAUUUGGCGAUAAUUACUUGGUGAGGGUGUUGGGAUCAUCCGCUGAGUUCAAAGUCAGCAACUUUUGCAUUCGAGCUAGGCAAUCUUGGCAAGGUGACAAGUGGGUUGUGAUUGGAAAGGGAAAUGGGAGCUGCAAAGAUAGGAAACCCCAGGGGAAGUUAUCCCUGAAGAAGAAAGCAAAUGAGAAAAAUGCUUCUAACGUUCAAUUGGUGCACUCGAGGAAAAUUGUGGUGAGGGAAAAUGCAGUUAUGCCGGGAGCGAAUAAGGGAAAUCUCCAGAAACCCAACAUGACUGUUUGCAAAAAUGUGAAACGAGGUGCUUAUGGUGAUUCGCAAGCUGAAGCAUAUUACUGGACUCCAAGAAAAUAUAGAGCUGUUGAGAGAGGGGGCAGGCCGAACCGACUGGUUGCUGCUAAUAAAUCUUCGCUGUGUGAAGAGGUAUUAGCCAUUGGUUUCCCCAGCCAAGCUGGGUUUUCCGAAGUGGAUGUUGAGAGGAGGCAGCUUGGUGGAGCUGUUGGAUGUUCAUAUGCAACAGACCUAGAAUCUAGUGAUGCUGAUAGUGUUGCAUGCUCAGUUGGUAGUUGUAGCAUUGAUGACAACUAUUCCAAUAGAUUCCGUCUUCGUGCAGGCCAUAUUGAAGAUGCUGAUUGCAAUUCUAGUGAUGCAGAAUCAUUCUGUCCCCGCGAAGAUCAGGAGGCAAACAUCCCCCUUCCAACACAAGAGCAGUUGACUGGUGAAAUCCAUAGGUUAGAGUUGUAUGCCUAUCGUUGCACGAUAGAGGCAUUGCACGCUUCGGGCCCAUUGAGUUGGGAACAGGAAGCAUUGGUGACAAAUCUUCGCCUUUCCCUCCAUAUAUCAAAUGAUGAACAUUUGAUGGAGGUCAGAAAUUUAAUUUCUGCUGAUAGUACCAUUCCUUCUAGAUGACAAGCCAAAAAAACUGGAUUCUUUCUCUUGUCAAAUUCAUUUCCUGUAGCUGUAGGUUCUUUGCAAACGUUACUUGGAUGCUCCAUUGUAAGAAGCAGGUUUAACAUUUUGUCCUCAUUGCCGUUAGUUUUAAAUCGUAUAGCCGUUGAGUUAAAGUGAAUGUACCAGAAAAACCUCCUGAGUAAUGAAUAUACUUCUACUCAUCUUUGCCUAUUCCUGUUACUUUAUUUCCUUAAAGUUGGCAUUUUAUUCUGUAUGGGGGCAUUUGAUUCUGUAUGGCCUUUGAGAAACAACUUAUGGUACAUGCUUUGAGUUCAUGGGAGUACAUGCUUAGCUGUUAAAUCAUAUGGGAGCUGAUUAUGGUUUGGGUUCUGUGUAUGAAACAAUGUGGACUGUUUUAUCUUGGUGUUAUCUGUACCAAUUGCAGUGGAGAAAUUUUGCUUACAGGAUACUAUUGAUUCGUUAUGAUGUAUUUUCCAGGGCCAAAGUAGGAGGCUUGUACACCUCAAUUCAAAAGUGUUCAAGGAUGAUUUUGGGGUUUGCUGCCUUCUCUUGGUCUGCAUAAUUGUCCAUCCGUAGAACAUGAUAUUAUCAGGCUGCUUACUUCUUUGUUGGCCUAUGGCUCCAGGCAAAUAUAUGGAUCACAGAUAUUGGGAUCUACUGAAACAGCAGCCCUGGCUAUCUGGUUGCUGCUUGAUGAUCUCACUUGUGAGAUAUAAUGUAUCAGGUUUCCCUGAUUUAAAUUGUUUAUGCCUUCCUUUUUAACAUAAUUUCUGAUGUUUUCUGCUCAUUUUAUAUCCUGCAUCGCUUUUUUUUGCACAAUGCAUGCUGUCAACAAUGGAGUAUGGACCAGCAUCUUGAUUUUAUUCUGUAUCAGAGUUACCAUUAAGAACGGAAUUGAAUCUUGAUGUACAAGAUUGGAGAGAUUGAAAUCUGUUAGCUGUGGAUGGUAUGUUUCAGCUGCCCAGGAAAUUUUCCGGCACCUUUCUUUACACAUUUCAGUUAAUUGGCAGGAUGUAUAUGACUAGAGGCAUGAGAAAUCAACCGCUGAUCAUAUCACAGCUAUGUUUUUUGAUGAAUAAUCACAGCUAUGUUAGCAUUUACUGUGUUCAGGUAUUUCUGCAAAAUUCAGGUAUGAUCUUUGGAAUCCUGGUAUAUGCUGCUGAUUGAUGUUCCACCAUUGUAAAUCUCUCUCUCCAUUUCAGGUCAGUUUGUAUCAGACGUUCACAUUGUCACAUUGUGUCGUGCUUGUAGAUGACUGAUCAGAUCGUGUGUGGAUCAAGACCUUGUCCAGCUCUGGUCAGAAGAACUGAAGAAGGCUGGAACCAUACGAAUAAAGCACAUGCUAAGGCCUCCAGCGACAUUAGGGUGCCAUGAUCCCCCGACGAUGUCACAUUGUCGAGUUUGACACUCAAGAGGCAGAUGCUGGAAACCUUGGUCUGGGAUAUACAAGUCCCCGUCACACAUUUGUUCUACUGGCGGUCCUAUCCGUCCAACUUAAGGCAGAUAUGGCAUGAAGGAGGUUUACUUUAGGCACAGACAUGAGAGGACAACAGUUACAAGCGAAACUCAACUCGUCUCUCUGUUCUCGCCAUCACAUCUUCCCUGUCAUCGUGUAACUCGGAACAUCACAAAGCUUGUGGAGGGAGAAAUUCCCUCCAAGCAAGCUGUAUGCAGGCAUCAGAGACCAGUAGGAAGAUGAUCGGAGCUCGUUCUGACCCUUGGAUACUGAGAUGCUGGAAGAUGAAUAGCUGAGAGUCGUUGUGUUUACUACUAGUCUGCAGCAAUCUACCACCACCAGAACCUUAGCAAGGGUGAAACUUGAAAGGCAGCCAUUGAAGAUAUAGGCCUAGGUGACUUGAAGCCCAUUGGGUCGGAUCUCAGAAUUCUGCAGACCCAUAUCCGUUCCUAAUACUGUGGGCUUGGCCCUGAAAUAUGAUACCCUUAAGUUAUCAGCAUGUUAGGCCUGGUUUCAGCCUGUGUACUGAUCAUCACAGUGAAAGGAAGGAUGGAUUUGAAUUGUUUAUGUUCUUCUUGCCUCCAGUUUACCUGUAAUCUUUUUGUCCUGACAUCUUCAGCCUUUAGUAAAGGAAUGAAUCCCUACCUCUCCAAUGUGUAACAUUCCUCUUAAGUUACUACUUACUUGGCGUGCAGGCAAAGAAUAUCAAGCUAUAGUCUUUUCGUCCA